UUCAAACUGCAAAUAUGUAAUAUAUAAAUAUUUUAUUUGAAGACUUAGGUAUUCUGAACGAGUGAUGGUGUAUCUGUGUGCGACCAUGUGGCACGAGACCUACGAGGAGAUGAUGAGCAUUAUCAUAUCAAUAUUCAGACUGGACGAGUACAGACCAAAAGAAGACCCAAAGAGCAAUGAUUUCACCUUUAAAGCUCAUAUCUACUUUGAUGAUGCAUUUGAAGCUGUUGGGGGGAGUCGCCAUCUGAAUGAAUAUGCCAAGAACCUUGUAGAAGUUCUAAAAGAGGUUUUUGGGGGAUGUCGUGAUCAAAGCGACCAUGGGCUGGCGAGGAUCCUGGAGGCCAGAGACCGAAGGGAGCCCCUAGAGAGGGACCUAGAAAGGAGCAUAGAUGACUCAAGCAUGGAGUGUUUUCAGCGUCUUCAAGAACAUUGAUCACAAGUUCUUCAAAAAGCAGCAACAAGUCCCUGAUCAGAAAAUCAUACAGACACCAUAUGGGGGUCGUCUAAUUGUCAACGUGCCUCAAGGGAACAACAUUGUGGUUCACUUCAAGGAUAAAGAACUUAUCCGUCACAAAAAGAGAUGGUCUCAGAUCAUGUAUCUUUACUAUCUCCUGGGCUGGAAACUCAUGACCAAAUAUUACACUCGUUGGCAGAAGGGAGAGGAUGAGCAGAAGCUAAAAGAACAAGCUCAGAAAAAGAAGCACAACACCUACAUCCUGGCUUUGGAUGGGGACACUGACUUCCAGCCUGCUUCUGUGAUGUUGCUCAUCGACCGUCUGAGAAUAUACCCUCAUGUUGGGGCAGCAUGUGGCCGGAUUCAUCCCACUGGAUCAGGUGAAGACCGGUGGUUAUGUACUCUGCUACUAAAGCAGGGAUGGAGAGUGGAGUACAAUGCAGCAUCUGAUGCCUACACCAAUGCACCGAUGGACUUCAAGGAACUCUACAACCAGCGCCGGCGAUGGGGGCCUUCAACAAUGGCCAAUGUGGUGGACCUGCUGGGUUCCACCGAAAUUAUUACCAAGAAGAAUAAAUCCAUUUCCAAAGCAUUCAUGUUUUACCAGCUGUUUGGUAUGAUUUCAUCCAUCAUGGGACCUUCCACCAUCUGUCUUUUGGUUGCAGGUAGUUUAACCUUCGUUUUGAACAUCAAUUCUGCUGCUGCUCUGGUCAUAUCUGUGAUACCUCCAGCCAUCUACCUGGGUCUUUGUUUCAAGCUCAAGUCAGACACUCAAAUUAUCAUUGCAGCAAUCUUGAGUGUCUGUUAUGCAUUCCUUAUGUUGACAGUGGCAAUAUCUAUUAUUGGAUCAAUGUUGAAAGAGAAAACUAUCCUGACACCCAGCAGCAUUUUCAUCAUCUUCAUGGCCAUCAUUUACCUAAUCACUGCAGCAAUGCAUCCUCAGGAAUUUAAUCUGGUGUUCUAUGGCUUUCUCUACAUCAUCUGCGUCCCCAGCGCCUACCUUCUGCUCACCAUCUACUUCAUGGUUAACAUGAACAAUGUGUCUUGGGGCACCAGGGAGACAAAACCUGCUGCUGGUGCAGCCCCACCUCCAGCUCUCACGCCACAAACGAGAGCACAGAAAUCCAAAAGUAUCUGCCAAUGGUUCAUCUCAUGGGUCAAAUGCUGCAAAAAAUCCAGCCAGAGAUUUCAAGGUGAACAGCUCAGUAGGAGUCAGGACAACACAGCCCAAGAACCCGAGCAGAUUGAACCUGAACCCCAAAACACUAUUGUGGAGGAUAUAACCAUUACAGAAGAAGAGCAGGGGCAAUUAGACAGCAACAUUCAAACAGGCUGGAUUAAGAAGCUAAAGAGUUUGUACAGUGACAUGAAAUUGCAAGAGGGCUCACUCGACCAGGAGGAAAAGGAAUUCUGGGAAGAGCUUAUAAACGAGUAUCUUGAACCUCUACCUGAUGACAAAGAAAAACAGAAAAAGAUGGACAAUGAGCUCCGAGAGCUGAGAAAUAAAAUAAACUUUUCCUUCUUCAUCUUGAAUGCAUUCUGGCUGGUGGCAACCUUCAUCUUCCAGAUCUUCAAUAGCACCUUUGCCAUCUGCAUCCCAAAGUUAAACCUUCAGUUACAGGAAACAGGAGAUGUUAUCCAAAUUGAACCAAUUGCCUUUAUGUUCAUUUUGGGAUUUGCUGUUACGGUUGUUAUCCAGUUCCUUGCAAUGCUAUACCACAGAAUCCAAACCCUCAUCGAUUAUGUAGCUUUUGUGGACACGGAACCCAAAGAGAGGAAGAAAACUGGAAGCCAGAAGUCAUACCUGCCAGGCAAAAGGGAUGAGUUCAGACUCAAGCUAUCGCUCCAUGGAGGACCUUGA